CAGUUUCACGUUACUUGCAAACAUUGUGAAAGAAUUAGUGAUGAGUCAUCAGGGUGUGAAAAUGCUGAACAAAGUGUUCUUUAUUACGGCUUUUCUGGCUUAUUAUGGUCUGCAGCAAGUGGAUGCAUUGGAUUGCUAUAAGUGCACCUCAAUCCUGGACUGCAGGGCACCACACCUGGUUACGUGUUCGAAUGCGGAGGCCAACGAAACUAGCGUGUUCUUGGGGCGCUACCACAACCAUGUACCCACAGUUAACCAAAGCUCAUACUUUAAAUGCAUUUCCCUAAACUAUACAUCUAUAACUACAGACGAAUGGAAGGGAUGUGCGCAUCCCCAAGCGUAUGCCUGUUCCUUAAUGUUGAAUAAUGCGAAUUAUGUGAGAACCUGCUCCACCUGCAAUACGAAUAAAUGCAAUGGGAGUGGCAGUUCGAGCAGCAGCUUUUACAGUAUACUAGUGGGCACACUAUUGGCUCUGAUUUUGGCCAAGUUCUACUAAUAUAAAUUUAUCUACAUCCACAACUAUUUGUAUGAUAAUUUAUAAAAUAUAUGGUCUCUUAGUGAUUCUUUUUGGUUACGAAGAAGUCGAAAGGUGUAUUAGUUACAUAUUCAAUUGGAUAGUUAUUGUUUACGAAAUAAAUUAAGGUUUCGGAUGAUUUAUUUCCGAGUUAAAAUUGAA